AUGUCAUUCUGGCCUUUCGGGCAGAGCGAGCACUCUAAUAUCAAUAGGCUUCUGGAAGAAUACUUCCAGGUGCUGCAUUCAGUGGAGAAACACAAUGAAAACGGGGCGGAGACACAAGCGACAAGGGAGGAAGAAGGCGGCACGCCGCACGACCCAGGACCAGCACAGGAGGCGUUGGAGAAAUGUUUAGAUGGUAUACCGAGCAUACAGAUGCUAAACAACUCAUUCAUUGAUGGAAUCCUCGAGGAAAGCGAGCUACUAAAUGAGCUGACACGCCAAAACAAUACACUUCUGGACUUUAUAUGCUUCGGCUACUUUUACACCGCAGAUGGCGUCAAGGUGCAGAACAUUGAAUAUUUGAUCGACCAGUUGAUAGAGUGUGUCGGUCACAUAGACGCAAACGAGUUUGAUGCUGCCACUUCAGGGAGUGGCCGUUCUUCUCGAGGCUCGUUGCACGAAUUCGACGACGAUGAUUGUAUUAGCGGCUCAGCUUCGCCAGACAACUCGCCCAGACCACAGCAAACAUACUUGAACAAGGCUACUAUCAUAUCAGAAAUAUUCGCUCUCGACAUCUGGCUAAUUUCAGAAUCCUUAGUCAAAAACAGCAGCUAUCUGAACAAAAUAUGGUCCAUCAUUUACCACCCAAACUUUCCAUCGGAAAAAUCACCGUUAAUUCCAAUUUUUCUCAAAAUCAAUCAAAACCUGCUUUCUACCCGGCAGGACCAGUAUCUCAACUUCAUUAGAUCUAAACCAACGCUAGUCGAUGACCUGCUCAAGCACAUACAAAUUUCUGUUCUAAUGGAUCUGCUUUUGAAGAUUAUAUCGACUGAUAAACAAGAAUCACCAACUGGUAUCAUUGAGCUCGUCCACGAGCAGCGGCUCACUCGCAAACUUUUGUGUUACCUGGAUAACGAUAAACAUGAGCCGGAUAUCCAGGCAUGCGCUGCAGACGUGCUUAAAGCGAUCAUUGCAAUAUCGGCUAAUGCGCCUCUGGACGAUAUGUCAAUCGGGCCCAAUUCCUUAACCAGGGAUUUAGCAUCCGAAGAAUGCAUUGACCAUUUGUUGGAUGCGAUAAUAAACAAGAGAAGCAACGCACUGAUAAACGCCGUAUCUAUCGUAAUAGAGCUGAUACGAAAGAACAACUCCGACUACGACCAAGUCAACCUACUGUCGACGACCUUGAGCUCUCAUCCACCUUCUAUGAGGGAUCCCAUAUAUUUGGGGGUGAUGUUAAGAAAGUUCACCGAAAAACUAACCUAUGUUUUUCAAAUACUUGUCGACAUCGAGCGAAACAAUUCGGCGAAAGUACUUGAAAACCAGCUUGGCGAGAAGUACAAGCCCUUGGGAUUUGAACGUUUCAAAGUCGUUGAGCUGAUUGCUGAGCUUCUGCAUUGUUCAAAUAUGGGCCUGCUUAACUCAAAAAAGGCGGAACGCAUUGUUAGCGAGCGCAACAAGGCCAGAGAAAUGGUCGCUAAGAGUCUACAGGAUGCGUUGGCCGAUCUCGAUGUGCAAGAUAAUGAUAAUACCCACUCUGCUGAAAGCCGCAGCGACGCUUAUGAUGAAGAUGUUGAUGAAUCAUUUGAAAUCCCUUAUGUCAACCCAAAACAAAAUUCAAAAUUGAGGGAAAAUCCAACGAUAGGGGAUCGGUUCAAGAUCAGCCUCUAUGAUAAUCAGAUCCUUCCCCGGAUCAUAUAUUUAUUCUUGAAAUAUCCGUGGAAUAAUUUUUGGCAUAAUGUGGUGUUCGAUAUUAUCCAACAACUGUUCAAUGGAAGAAUGGACUUUUCGUACAAUUCGUUUUUGGUCUACUCUCUUUUUAAUAAUGGGUCAGCGAGCGAGUUUAUGCCGCGGGAUUCGCGUGUGGAUAUUUGCGACUUUCAAAUCACGCGCGACCUGAUAUUGAAGGGAUACAAAGACUCAUAUGCUUUUUAUGAGAAGCACAAUACAGCGUUAGGUUUUAUGGGCCACCUUGUGUUAAUUGCUGAAGAGAUUGUGAAAUUUUCCAAGGUUUACAAAGUUGAACUCAUAUCACCUAAAAUACAGGCAGCAUUCCAAGAUGAAGAAUGGAUAUUUUAUUCGGAAGAUGUCUUGAACGACACCAGAAUCAUGUAUUCUAAGAUCUUAGGAGGCAAUGAUUAUCUUGAAGAAGAAAACGGAUACGAAGCCAAUGGCGACAACUUCAAUAAUGAUAGUAACAGAAAUGAAAAUCCUGAGCUGGGAGGGUCAUUGAUAAAUGUUGGUAAUCUGGACCAGGACCAGUCCGCAAAUCCUUCUAACUUUCCAACUACUAGUGACUUACACAACAAGCUAAGGAAGAAAUUGAUAGACCGGUCACGAGAAGAUGUUGAUCGGCGAAAUGAAGAAAACGGCGUAAUCAUUUUAGGAAUGGCGCCAGAGGAUAAUUGA